AUGUCCAGGGAAGUUAUGAGGCUGGAAGAGCAGCAUGAGAUUAGAUUUGUGCAAUCAAGCCCAUACUUUUCUCAGGCCAAUGGACAAGCAGAAGCCACCAACAAGGUACUCAUCAGCAUCAUCAAGAAAAUGACAGAUAGCAAUCCAAGGAACUGGCAUGAAAAGUUGUCCAAAGCACUUUGGGCAUAUAGAACAUCGAGAAGAAAUGCUAUUGGAAUCACUCCUUUUGCCUUGACUUAUGGGCAAGAUGUGUGUUACUAG